AUGUCAACAAUUAAUAUAACACCAAACAGAAAAUUAAUUAAUUGUGGUAUAUGUCAUCAACAAUUUGUUGAUCCACGUAUAUUACCUUGUUCACAUACAUAUUGUCUACGUUGUAUUAAACAAAUUGCAUCGAAUCAUCCAGAACAUUUUGAAUGUCCUGAACACGAUGGUACUAUUAUACUAAAAGAUUCUAUUGAUACAUUAAAAGUAAAUCGAACAAUACGUGAUCUGAUUGAACUCUUAAAUUUUAGUUCUGGUUCAAUUCUAUGUGGAAAUUGUCAUGCAAUUGCAUCGAAAUAUUGGUGUAAUAAUUGUACAAAUAGUUAUUGUGAACAAUGUAGUCAAAGAAUUCAUAAUAUGAGUGCAUUUCAACAUCAUGAACCUACUAUAUUAAAAGAAAAAUCAUUUGAAUUAAUGUUAUGUGAAAAACAUCAAGAUGAAAAAUUAAAAUAUUGGUGUUUAAAAUGUGAAAGAUCUGUAUGUAGUGAUUGUCUAUUAAAUGAACAUAAAGAUCAUCAAUAUGAAUUAAUUUAUAAAAUUGCUAAAGAUUUUGAAACAAAAGUAAAUAUUGAUUUAUCUAAUAUUGAAUUAUCAUUAAAUAAAAAUGUUAAUCAAACAAAUACUUCAAUAAAGACAAUUAAAGAUGAAUAUGAAUUAGAAAAACUUAUGAUUAAUGAUUCAAUGAAUUUUUUACAACGUAUUAUUGAUGAACAUGAACAAGAAAUAUUACAAAAACUUCGUGAUAUUGAUAUAAAUAAUAAUAAACUUAUGGAAAAUUUUAAAAAUCAUUUAAUAAAUGAAUUAUAUGAAUUAGAAUUACAAAAAACAACAUUAGAAAUACUUUCAUCAAGUAAAGAUCCAAUUAAAUUAAUGCAUGCUCGUCCACAAUUUAUUGAUUAUAUUAAUCAAAGAAAUUAUAUAUUACAAAAUUUACAAUUACCAACUAAACAUAUUCAUUAUAUAGAAGGUAUGGAUUUAGUACAAUAUAUAAGAGAAAAUAUUUUACAAUGUGGACGAAUUAUUGAUGGUUUAAAACAACCUAAUAAAAAUAUAAUAUAUCCUAAUCCACAACUUGAAAAAUUAAUUGGUAAUAAUCAAACAAAAUAUGAAUGGAAUUUUCAAAAGAAAAUUUUAAUAGAUGAAGAUAUAAAAAUUAUAGCUGAUGCAUUAAUAACUAAUACAACACUUAUUAAACUUAAUCUAUCUCAAUGUCAAAUCGAUGAUCAAGGUGCACAAUAUCUUGCUGAUGUUCUUAAACAAAAUAAGACACUUAUUUCACUUUACUUACAUAAAAAUCAAAUAAGUAAUUAUGGAGUACGUUUUCUUGCUGAUGCACUUAUACAAAACAAAACAUUAACUACACUUGAUCUCUCACAUAAUAAUAUUAAUGAUGAAGGAAUUCAAUAUCUCGCUAAUAUGUUACAGAAAAAUAGCAAACUUACUACUCUUCAUCUGUCUCAAAAUCAAAUUGGUGAUAAAGGAAUACAAUAUCUUGCUAAUGCUCUACAACAAAACAGAACAUUAAAUAUUCUUCACCUUUCUCAAAAUCUAAUUGGUGAUCAAGGAAUACAAUAUCUAGCCGAUGCUCUCAUAAACAAUACGACAUUAACAACAAUCAAUCUUUAUUGGAAUGAUAUUGGUGAUAUUGGUGCUCAAAGUAUUGCUUAUGCUAUUGAAAAUAAUAGAACACUAACUACACUCUAUCUUUCUCAUAAUCGAAUUGGUAAUAGUGGUGUAGAACAUUUUGUUAAUGCUCUUAGACGAAAUACAACAUUAACAACACUUAGUUUUCAUGAAAAUCGAAUCGAUCAACAAACACAAAAUCGUAUAAAAAAUAUUUUGAAAACUAAAACACAAAUAACAAUAUAUUGGUAA